AUGUCUAUAGAUACUAGUGAGAAUAACUACGAGAAUCGUACAGUCAAGUCAUCCUCAUUAUCAGGUUUAUUAUUAUCACCGAAUCAUUUGCAAAAAAAUUCCAAUUCAUUAUCCUUAAAUCUUAUCCAUAUUCCAUUAAUCAUUAUUUUUAAAUCAAAGUUCCAGCUGCUAUCAUUAUCAGAAAUUAAAAGAUCACUUUUGAAAAAUCAGCAUGUAUAUUUAUGGGUCAUUGAGGGCUAUUUUUUGGAUUACUGGUGUUUUGCACUUUCCACUUAUUUGAAUUAUCCGCUUGGGCAACGGUUAACUUCAAUGAGGUUUAUUAUGGGUUCUGGGGUCUAUUAUUGGGAUACUGGUGCACAGCACUUUCCACUCAUUUGA